GACCGACUGCGCCCCCGGGACAUGCUACGAGGGCGCCUGCUACGGCCACAAGAUCUACACCACGGACGGGACGUGCGGCCGCCAGAACGACCACCGGCUGUGCCUGGGCAAGUGGGGGGACUGCUGCGACCAGCAGGGCAGGUGCGGCUUUGGGAUGCAGUUUUGCGCCUACGACGCGUGCCAGUCCGGCAAGUGCCUCACCCGCGAGCCCACUGAGUGGAUCAGGGCGAGCGACGGCAACUCGACGGACGGGACGUGCGGAGGGGAACGCAGAUCUACGUGCAGCGUCGUCUGGGGCCAGUGUUGCAACAAGAACGGCAAGUGUGGGACGGGCUAUGACGAUUGUUUUGCAAAUUGGUGA